CCUAGACCACCACCCCUUCUGUCCGAAAUUUAAAUCAAUGGUUUUUGAGUAUUUAUCGCUCUCCUCGCACUCUUCACCGGAUUUAGAUUUGGUUCUUUUCUCUCUUGUGUGAACUACAUAUCCACCAUUGUUUCUGUAUAGUGCUUAUCUAUCGCUUUUUUGUAUAGUGCGUGAUCCUUUUUUUCUUGUAUAGUCCCUGUUAUUCUAUUGCUGUAUCUGUGGUUCAUUUGUCUAAUUCCGGCUGAUUUGACCAUUAAGAUUUCAGUAAAUCUAUCAUCUUUGCUUUAAAUAAGCAAGCAUCAUAAGCUCUUAGCUGAUUUUCCCCAUUGAAAAGAUCGAGUCUUUACCCUGUACAUGUGUCAAUUCUAUAACUUUAUCACGACUUCGCCGUCUUUAAGAUCUGGGUCUCCGGAAAUCUUUUAGAAAGCCGGGGGAGAUGAAGUGGAAUUAUGGGUCGUCGAAGUGUAGGAGUCGCCGGCACAGCUCGGUGGUGGCGGCGGAGGAGACAGCGGCGGUGAUGAUGAGGCGGAGCAGCUGGGCUGACAUGCCGAUAGAGCUGCUGAGAGAGGUGUUGAUGAAGGUGGAGGAGUCAGAGAGUAAGUGGCCUUUGAGGAAGAGUGUGGUGGCUUGUGCAGGAGUCUGUAGGAGCUGGAGGGAGAUCAUGAAGGAGGUUGCCCAUACCCCUGAAGCUUCUGGGAGGAUCACUUUCCCUAUUGCAGUCAAGCAGCCUGGUCCGAGAGACAAUCUGAUGCAAUGUUUUUUAAAGAGGUGCAGUUCUUCUCAGACAUUUCGCCUUUACCUCAAUUUGACUCAAGCUUUGACUGAUGAUGGGAAGUUUCUGCUCGCUGCCCGCAAGUAUAGGCGGACCACAUGCUCAGACUAUAUUAUAUCUCUCCAUCCCAGUGAUAUGUCUAAGGCAAAUGGCAACUAUGUGGGAAAAGUGAGGUCAAAUUUUCUGGGAAACAAGUUUACAGUAUAUGAUGCUUCACCGCCACUUAAGGGAGCUAAGAUGGUGAAAAGUCACAAUACUUUUCCUGAAGCCUUGAAACAACUCAACUCGAGAGUGCCAGUAGGGAACUAUGAAGUAGCUCACAUUUCAUAUGAGAUGAAUGGGCUUGGGAACAGGGGUCCUAGGAAAAUGCAGUGCGUUAUGGAUACUAUCCCAGCAUCUUCAAUUAAACCGGGAGGUGUUGCCCCCACACAGACUCAUUUUCCAAUCGGCAGCAGCGAUACCUUUCCAACAAUACCCUUUUUCAGAUCAAAAUCCACAUUAAGAGCAUCUGAGAGUUGUCCGUCAGGUGGAUCUCUAGUUCUGAAAAACAAAGCUCCCAGAUGGCACGAACAACUACAAUGCUGGUGUUUGAACUUUCAUGGACGGGUGACGGUCGCUUCAGUCAAGAACUUUCAGUUGGUAGCUUCUCCAGAGAAUGGGGCGGCGGGACCUGAAUGUGAAAAGGUCGUUCUACAGUUCGGGAAGGUAGCGAAGGACGUUUUCACCAUGGAUUUCCGUUACCCGUUAUCUGCAUUUCUUGCAUUUGCCAUCUCUCUUAGCAACUUUGACUCGAAGUUGGCUUGCGACUAAAACGUGAAUGGCAAGAUAAUUAAAACAGAAAAAAAACAUCCUGUUGGAACCUUGCCAUUUCAAUGCCGUGAAAGCGACCGCGAUCAAUAAAAUUGCUAAGCAGGAGGGAUUGCACAAAUGGAGAAUGCUGGAAAUAAGAUGGCAAAGCUCGAGUGUGUGCUUCACAGUUUUACUUUGGUAAUUUGUCUAUUGUAUUCCCUAUCAAUCUUGUUCACAGUAGACUAGUCAGUAUUUGAGAGAAAAAUGGAUCUUUAUAAAAUAGGAUAAAUUGUCUUAGCUCAUAAAUCAUCUUGCUGUAAAUUCUUGACUAACUGCUCAUUUAAACUUCCAUCUUUGUUCUGGCAAUGUUGGUCUCAAUCAAUGUAUCUUCUUCCUUCAUAGACAACCCUUUUUGUGUUCAUUUUCUACUUCCACUAUAUGUCAAUUUCCCUAUCCUGGUUUUGAAUGCGG